CUGGUCUGACACAAAAACCAUUCUUACCCUCACAUGCUCCCUUACCAACAGAACCAAAACUGGCAAAACAUCUGAACUAGCAGAAAAAACACACACUCAUCAUAUCGCACUUGUUUCUGGCAAAGAUGGUGAGAACCCCAUCUUGUGAUAAAAGUGGAUUGAGGAAAGGUACUUGGACUCCUGAGGAAGAUAUGAAGUUAAUUGCCUAUGUCACUAGAUAUGGCUGCUGGAAUUGGCGCCAACUCCCCAAGUUUGCAGGUCUUGCAAGGUGUGGGAAAAGUUGUAGACUGAGAUGGAUGAAUUAUUUAAGGCCUAACCUCAAAAGAGGGAACUUCACUAAAGAAGAAGAAGAGUGCAUCAUCAGAAUGCACAAAGAUCUUGGUAACAGAUGGUCUGCCAUUGCGGCUGAGUUACCUGGAAGAACAGAUAACGAAAUAAAAAACCAUUGGCACACCACACUAAAGAAGAGUUCUCAACAAAGCACACUCACAAAUGAAGAAGCCAGAGCCUCCAAAUCGAAGGAUAAAAGAUCCAAGUCAGUAAGGGACUCGGUUCCUAUUCCUAACAAUGGUGUUACUGUUAGUGUUACUCUUCCACCUACUUCCCAGAUUUCAGAUAACUCAUCAGGCUCAUUAUCCACACUUUCAUCCUCUAGCGACUUUUCCUCCAUAAGUUCUGAUCAUUCCACUGCUGCCAGUAUGGAAAAUUUGGCGUUUGAAAAUGACUUGAGUUUUCUGGAUUCAUUCAGUGAAAGUUUCUGGACGGAGCUAAAUCUUGAUAACAUUUCCUACAAUGCACCGUGUGAAGUAGUAUCAGGACAUUCAGGAGAUAUCAAUAAUGGCUCUUUUCAAAGUACAGAUUCUAGCCAAAUCCAUGAUUCUUUUGCAUUGUCUCCGCAUCAAUAUUCAAGCAGGCAAAGUGUGAUUGUGGAUAAUGACUUUGGAGGCUUUCUGGAUGCAUACGCAGAUAACUUUUGGACACAGCCAUAUAUCGCUGACAUGUCCCACGUUCCAAGCGAACUACUUGCUCCCUCCGUGAUAGGAUCUGAAUAUUUUGCUCCAAUAAAUGAGUAUCAGUGGGGUCAAAGUGAUUUGUACAAUGAAAAUACGAGCAUAAAUGUACCAAGAGAGAAAGUGAUAUAGUAUGUGGUAAAUUAAUAAAACAAAGAAAGAAAAAAAAAAAAGUAAAAGUGAAAUGAAAGAAGUGUGUU